AUGAUCGCGCGCUCACGUCUCAAGAUCUGUCAAAUAGUACGAAGACACUAUGCGACUCAUACAACGUUAAAAGGGCCUUUGAUAGGUAUCAAACCAUCAGCACCACAGCCUACCUCAUCAAGCAAUUCGAGUUCUGGAUCUAACUCUGGAUCUGGCUCAGGAUCAGGAUCAAAUCAAGCAUCCUCCUCCUCUUCAUCAUCAUCAUCAUCAUCAUCAUCAUCAUCAUCAUCAUCAUCAUCAUCAUCAUCAUCAUCAUCAUCAUCAUCAUCAUCAUCAUCAUCGUUAUCAUCAUCAUCGACACUACCCAAACCCAGAAUAGAUUACAACAGUAUAUUAGCUGAUCCAGGAUACACUACGUUGAAUGCUAUUCAAAGGAAAUCACCUCUGAAACCAGAUCAUCUAUUACAUUUAUCAAGAUUACGUGAAACUCAAUUACUGCUGUUAUCCAAAUUAUCUACCAUCAGAAAUAAACAGAAAGAAAUAGGUUCAUUGAUCAAAUCAGGUGGUAUUUUAGGAGAAAAAGAAGAAUUGAAAGAACAAGCUAAAAAAUUGAAAAUACGUAUAAAAUCAUAUGACUCAAAUCUGAUUGAAACUGAGAAUGAAUUAUUAGAAUUAUCAUUGAUCUUACCUAAUUUCUCACAUCCAAACUCGCCUGUUGGAUCAGAAGAAAAUGCCAUUAUAUUAGAAUCGUUCGGUCCUACUGAAAAUACCAAGACCAAGACUAAGCAAGAAGUCGAAACGAAUAGAGAUCAUGUUUCGUUUUGCAAUCAUUUCGGUUUAUUAGAUAAUGAAGCUUGUUCAACUACAUCCGGGAGUUCGUGGCCUUUUUUAAUUGGUACAUUGUCUUUGAUUGAACAAUCUUUAAUACAAUAUUCACUUUCAAUAGCAAUCAGGAAUGGAUUUAGACCUGUUAUACCACCUGAUGUAAUAAAAGAAGAUUUAGCUUGGAGAUGUGGUUUUCACCCUCGUGAUUCACAAGAUAACCCUUCCACUCAAACAUAUCACUUGACUCCACCUUCGACAAAUGGAGAUAAUUCACCUAGAUUGUGUUUAGCGGGUACAUCAGAGAUUCCGUUGGCUGGUCUAUUCGCUAAUAGAUUAUUCAACGAAGAAGAUUUACCUAAAAAAGUUGUGGGGAUAGGUAGAGCUUUUAGAGCUGAAGCAGGUGCAAGAGGUUCAGAUACAAGAGGUUUAUAUAGAGUACAUCAAUUCACUAAAUUGGAGUUAUUCAGUGUUACUUCGCAGGAUGAGAGCGAGAAUAUGAUGGAGGAGAUUAGAGGGGUUCAGAAAGAGAUUGCUCAAGGACUGGGUUUGAACGUGCGAGUCCUUGAUAUGCCUACUGAAGAGUUGGGCGCUUCGGCAUAUAGGAAAUACGAUAUGGAAGCUUGGAUGCCUGGUAGAGGCAAGUGGGGCGAGAUAACUUCGACCUCAAACUGUACAGACUUCCAAUCACGUAGAUUAUCAAUAACUUAUCGGCCGUCCCCAUCGUCCUCGCCCCACUCUAAUGCCAAAGUCGAAGGAAGCGACGUAUCAUCACCGCCGCCCGCACCAAACGACAGCCAUAAUGGACCAUUACCAUUCGCACACACUUUGAACGGUACAGCAGCUGCCAUACCCAGAUUGAUCGUUGCUCUGAUAGAAAAUGGAAUUAGGUUUAAAGAGGAUGGUUCGGGGGGUUAUGAUGGAUUGGAUCUACCUAAAGCGUUACAAAGGUUCUGGAUUGGUGGGGAUAAUGUCGGUGAGAGGAAAGAGAAAGGUACCAUAAGAUGGGUCUAG